AUGCCGCCGGAUCGGUACAAUCCAAUAGUGGAGGGGUAUUUACGGGACACUGGCUUUUAUCAUGUUUCACAGAUCGGAGUUGUCCAAUGUCAGUCGGCAUUGGUUAAUGCUCUGAUCGAGAGAUGGCGCCCCGAGACUCACACCUUCCAUUUUCCGGUUGGUAAGUGUGCCGUGACACUGGAGGAUGUGGCGUUAAUUCUUGGUCUUCCGACGAAUGGUUUGCCAGUUACGGGACCGACACUGAGUAGUUAUGAGGCGUUAGAGGCUGAAUGCUUGGAUCAGUUUGGUGUUGCACCUAGGAAGACAGACUGUAGGGGAAGUUUCAUCAAGUUGACGUGGUUUCAAGCAUUGAAGGAUCGAUUAGUGUUGGUUGAUGAUAUCCAGAUUCAGAGGUACAUGAAGUGCCACAUAAUGUUAUUGUUUGGGACCGUUAUGUUUGGAGAUAAGUCUGAAGCAGGGGUGCACUGA